AUGUUUCUACAGGUGGUCAUUACAGAUUCACAUAAAUCAUUACCCAACAGACAAUCUAUCUGUGUAGUGUUCAGCAAGUUUUCUAGCCUAAGUAAUUCUGAAAGAAAAUUUUGCAAUCUCACACAUCCUGUUUUAUUUUCCAUGUCAGUUUCUGCUGUCUCAUCCUCAAUGUCAACUUCUACUGUCUCAUCUUCAAUAUCCACUUCUACUCUCUCAUCCUCAAUAUCCACUUCUACUCUCUCAUCCUCAAGGUCAACUUCUCCUCUCUCAUCCUCAAGGUCAACUUCUACUCUCUCAUCCUCAAGGUCAACUUCUACUGCCUCAUCCUCAAUGUCAGCUUCUAUUGUCUCAUCCUCAAUGUCAGUUUCUGGUGUCUCAUCCUCAAUGUCAGCUUCUACUGUCUCAUCCUCAAUGUCAGUUUCUGCUGUCUCAUCCUCAAUGUCAACUUCUACUAUCUCAUCCUCAAUGUCAGUUUCUGGUGUCUCAUCCUCAAUGUCAGCUUCUACUGUCUCAUCCUCAAUGUCAGUUUCUGGUGUCUCAUCCUCAAUGUCAACUUCUACUAUCUCAUCCUCAAUGUCAGUUUCUGGUGUCUCAUCCUCAAUGUCAGUUGCUGGUGUCUCAUCCUCAAUGUCAGUUUCUGGUGUCUCAUCCUCAAUGUCAGUUUCUGCUGUCUCAUCCUCAAUGUCAGUUUCUGCUGUCUCAUCCUCAAUGUCAGUUUCUGCUGUCUCAUCCGCAAUGUCAGCUUCUACUGUCUCAUCCUCAAUGUCAGUUUCUGGUGUCUCAUCCUCAAUGUCAGCUUCUACUGUCUCAUCCUCAAUGUCAGUUUCUGGUGUCUCAUCCGCAAUGUCAGCUUCCACUGUCUCAUCCUCAAUGUCAGUUUCUGCUGUCUCAUCCUCAAUGUCAGUUUCUGCUGUCUCAUCCUCAAUGUCAGUUUCUGGUGUCUCAUCCUCAGUGUCAACCCUAACAUCUUGUACCUGA